AAUCCCCGGUAUUUCUGAUCCCACCAAGGCCUUCGUUCCGGUACUAUGAUGUGAUGCGAUUUGAUGAAACCAGCCAGUGGCAGAGUACGCGACGUACGUAAAGACGAAACGCCACGGGUUUUCAAGCAAACGUCGUCGCGACAUUCACAUCGGAAGACCUACAAGAACCUGCUCGCGUCUUGUGCAAAUAUUGGAAAACAUACAGCAGCAAGAAGCAUGGAUUCUUGAGAAAUGUUACCCAUUUCGGAUUGCUAAUAUUGCAAAUUUUAAAGUAAAAAUCUGAAGACUGUCGAGAACUCUAUCCAGAUAACCCAUGACAUCAGAUUCAGAGCGCGAGCAUGAAAUCGCCAGAAACGGUGAAACGAAAGUGUGGAUCAUGGAUCGCUCGCUGGGUCGACGGCGGCGGCGGCGGUUGUUUAUUUGUCGUGCUGGCGGUGGCGGUGGCGUUACUGACAUUGACCAGCAUCACCGAAAUCCGAGUUGCGGCUGCCGAUGAAAGAUUCCACCGCCAGCAGCGCCAAGUAUCUUCGGCACGAGCCAAGAUAAAACCACCAUUGUUGGAACGCGGAAUUGUCGAUCUUCCCAACGAUAUCGACGAAGAAGACGGUGAAUUUGACGACGUUGCGCACGGUUAUGAGCUGACGCAGGCGCAGAACUUUCUCCGCCAGGAUGCACUGGCCAAGGCGUGUGCGCAAAUGCGCGACCAAUUAGAGUACAAAUCGAUCGAGGAGCUUAACACGUUCCAGAUGAACCAUCUGCUGGUCGAUGACCAGCACAAGUUUGUUUACUGUUACGUGCCGAAGGUCGCAUGCACCAACUGGAAGCGCAUUUUUAUGAUCAUGACCAGCAAGUGGAACGGAACGGAUCCGCUUCAAAUUCCGGCCGAUUUGGCCCAUUCCAACGGAAUGUUUCGGACCUUCAAUAACCUUACCCCCGAUGAACGCACCCGAGUUUUAACGGAAUACAACCGGUUCAUCCUAGUGCGACAUCCAUUCGAGCGAUUACUGUCCGCUUUCCGCAACAAACUGGAAGGCAACUCCAAAAGUGCCAAAUACUUCCAGGCUCGGUACGGCAAAACUAUAAUCAAAGCGUUCCGUCCUAACGCUUACAACAGUUCCCUCGGAAACGGAAGUGACGUAACGUUCCUGGAGUUCAUCCAAUACCUCCUGACCCCAGAGUUGAGUCGAAAUUCGAACCUCUCGUUCAACGAGCACUGGGAACCGACCUCCAGAUUGUGCCAUCCGUGCCUGCUGCAGUACAAUAUCAUCGGAAAGUAUGAGACACUGAUCGAUGAUUCGACUCUGGCGCUGCAUCUGGCUGGAGUCAGCGAAAUCAUCAGCUUCCCGAACUCGUACAAAACGUCCGGGACGAACGAGCGGCUGCGCAAGUAUUUUAGCGACAUUCCAUUGCCGAUCAUCAAAAGUCUGUAUACGCUUUAUGAGGACGACUUUCGGCUGUUCGAUUAUAAUUUAGACGAAAUUUUAGGAUUCGAGCUGGGGUGAACUUACUUUAAGUUAAAAAGUGGCGUGUGAAAAUACUUAAGACUUGUUUUAACAGUACUAAAACUAACUACUUAGAGUAGAUAGGAUUAUUAUACUGAGGGUACCUGGUACCGGACUAUGUUUGAAUAUGUAAAGGACGUUAAAAUUUCGCUGUAGAUUCGGUGUUUUUAAAUCGGUUAACUUUAAAUGGACAGUAUAACUUAGUCUUUUUGAUUAAGGACGUAUUUGAUGUUGUUUAAGUCAUCUCAUAACAAUCAUUGUGCUAAUACAAUGUGACACUUACGUACUACAUUUUAAUUGGUAGGACUGUGAUGACAAAUGUUAAUAAAUGAAUGUUUUAUAAAAAA